UCAGCGCCUGCAAAUCCCCCGCCGAGUCAGCAGAGCAAAAGCCCCCAAAACUAGUUCUCACGCGGACGGGGCGAUGGCGGCCGAGUUGGAGCGGCGGGUGAUGGCAGCGGUGAAAGCUUCCGCGGCGCGCGGCGACCCACUGCUCCUCCAGGCCGCCGAGGCCGCGCGCUGCCCCCGGGAGGCAGCUGCCUCUUCCUCCUGCGGCCUCUCGCUCGCGGAGGCGUUGGUGGCGAACCUGUGCUUCGCGCAUAACACGGGCGCGAUGUGGAAGCUGCUGGACCAGGCCAUGUCGUCCCGCCUGGUGCACCCUCUCCACACCCUCGCCCUGCUCACCCCGAGGGUGGUGCCGAACCGGCGGCAGCAGCCGGAGGCCUACAGGCUCUACCUCGAGCUUGUCGGUCGCUACGCGGUCGCGCCGGUUUACCCCGAACACAUGCCACCUCUCCUUCCCGCGCAAGAGAAGUCCCACAUUGAUGAGCAAACACUCUAUCUUAUUGGCUCUAAGCUACUCCGCUUCGUCAUGCGAGAAUUCAUUUGGCCACAGGGUGCAUACCAUGAUAAAACUAGUGACAUCGCACAACAUCCCGACCUUUGUGAUUAUAUCAGAAAAGGAGCCCCCAUGGAUGCCAUUGAGAAAAAUAGGAAGGCUGAGGAGGAGAGACUGAAGGCACUUGAUAUGUAAACUAUUUUUUAUGAUUUUAUAUAUGUAUUGUUUGAAUGACACUUGUAUUUUUUUAUAAAUGACCUACACUUAAGUUUUUGAAUGCAUGAGCUAUGACUUUGUAUGAA